UCACGUUAACCUUGGUGCUGACAUCGGGUGUGAAGCUGUCAGCGACUUUUAACAACAUCCUCAACCUCGUCAACUUCAUCGUCUUUCUCAUCUUCUGCGGCUGCUCCAUCAUCCUCAUCCGACCGAUGCUCAUUGUGGACAAUGGCUUUUUUUCCAACCGGAAUAUCUGGGACCUUGUCCCAAAUUCCUACAGCGUACUUCGCCUUUAUCGGUUUCGACAUCGUGGCGUCGACAGGGGAGGAGGCGAUGAACCCAAGCAAAUCCAUCCCCCGGUCCAUCUGGAUCUCCGUCUUCAUCAACACCAUCGUAUACGUAGCCGUUAUAAUCUUCCUCAACCUGGCCAUACCUUUCUUUGCAAUGACGUCAAACUCAGCCAUGAUAGACGUGUUCGCAACCAGGCAGUGGACGUACGUUACGUACAUCAUCUCCACGGGCGCGGUUUGUGCCUUGUUCGCCGCCACCUUCGGCUCCCUGUUCCCCCUUCCCAGGGUCCUCUACGCCAUGGCAAAAGAUGGCCUCAUAAGCAGCCAUUUUGGAUACCUUUGUCCGACACGGAAGACCCCGAAGUUGGCGACAGCUGUGUCGGGGUGUAUUGCAGCCGUGGUCGCAGCCUCUGUGGAACUCCGCCUUCUCAUUGAGGUGGUCCUGAUAGGUACUCUCCUUGCCUACGUUUUAGUCGCAGUGUGUGUUCUAAUCACGAGGUAUUCUUUUGACGAGGACACCUUAAACCUUCCGUCCAAAGACUCACAUGACAGUCCCGAGACAACUGGCAAAGAUAAGGUGUCAGAAAUACUCCUGAACGGCUCCAAAGUUGGGCCGGAUUUAGAUGUGACGCUGUCCAAGAAACUUUGGAAACUGUUCAGCCGCGCCCCCACCCCCGGGGAAACUCUGACCAGCGGGGAACUUGCUGUGAUAUUAGUGAUAAUGCUGGGUGCAGAGACAUUAGCUAGCCUCGUUCUGGUCACAUUCGGUGACGCCAUUUUAAAAGGGAAUAUAUUUGUAUGCACGUGCCUGUCGCCUUUCAUUCUCGUCGUCCUGAUUGUGAUAGUGAUUUUGUGUCGUCUGCCGCAAAACACUCGAACUUCCGGUUUCCGCGUGCCUCUGGUUCCACUGCUUCCGGUUGCCGUCACAUUCUUCAAUGUCUACCUGAUGAUGUCAUUACGAUGGGUCACCUGGUGCAUAUUUGGUGUGUGGAUGAUCAUAGGCUUUCUUGUGUACCUGUAUUACUCCCAGCGAGAUGGAGCAUCACCGGUCUCAUCUACAGAUGAAGAUAAGCGCCCCCUACUGGAAGCCAAAGACACCAACCAAGAUGGCGAUUAAUGAGGGUCAUGUGCACAAAUUAAUAGCGCCAUAGUAACGAAUGCCUUCAAGAUGAAUGUUACAUGGCUUCAAUACCAAGUCAGUGUGGUAAACGUCAUCGUGAAUACACAUGAAGGAAAAUGUGUGAAAAUAUCCAAUUUCUGGACAUUUAAUGUUUUCAAAUUUCUUAAAAAAUAUGUGAUAAAAUUAUGCAAAUUUGGACUGUCACAGCUCUAAAGAUCCUCAUUUGACCUUUUUGUGCAAGUGGAGACAAAUAUACUGGACAAAAACAGUUAGGGAUAUAUGUAAAUUUUGAAAUUAUGAAUAAUGAUCUAUAUAUUCAUUGACAAUCUGAUAAAAUAUCAAUCAUAAAAAUACCAAUGUCCCUUACUUAUUUUGUCCAGUAUAUGUUAAGAAAUGCGAGGGAGAAGGGUGUAGAGGGGCGGGGUGUGGGGGCGAUAUAGGGGUGUAAGUUAAAACGGUCUUGUCUCAUUAUUCAGGUCAUUCGUGACCAACUCGUGUUAUUCCGGGACAAGCCGAUUGCAGGUUACGGAAAGGGGCGAGUGGUGACGAAUGUAUUCACAAACUGUUACAGCUUUUGCAAUAUCUUUGGAGUAAUUGCCUGUCCAGCGAAACCCUACCUCCACGCAGCCUACCAAACGUCUGUGUUCAAUGAAGGAGGCGAGUCGACAGAAUACUGCGUUUUCUUCGCUUUGCAUUAUUUCCACGUAGAGCACGUGCAUAUUACACAACACAGCUACGCGCGUCAUAAAAACUGAUUGACUUGUCAGUGUGCCGUCUUUGGAAAAUAUAACUGUGGCGCACGAUUGGCACUUUCUUUAAAAGGUAAAGAAUAUUAUUUGCUAUGAUGUACUAUAUCAGGCAACAAACGUUUAUUGAACACUGACAGCGCGACUGUCAGGUGAAUUAAAUAAAUCAUUAAACACAAAUACGCCUCUGAAAACUGAGGAUGAGUUGUAUCGGGAUCUGUGAUACGUGAUUACUUCUUUCAUACUUUAGUAGGUCCAAUAAUGCCUUGAUAAAAAAUAUACUGUGAGACAUGUUGUUAGUGAAAUCUCGCAAAUUGUUAUAUUUUGAAUUUAUACUACAUGUUUUUAAUCGCCACGUCAUCACAUGAGCUUCCUUAUGUCUGCAAUCUGUGUAUUAUACUGUUUAUCACUCUGUAUAGAGUUACUGUGAUACGGAUGUGUUGGCUUGGACCGAGGGAAAGUGAUGUAUAAAGGGAGGUAAUCAUGCAUGUCUUAACACACGGGUUGUUUAAGAAAUAGAAUCUCGCAGUUUGUAUGCACUUACUUGAGGUAUAUUGAUUUAUUUCAACAGAAAACAUAUUCAUGUUUGAAGAAACUAACAUUGGUUAAUAUAUAUUUUAUUUUGUUUCUGUGGUCUAUUUUUCAUGACUUAUUUGCUGGAAAAUGUCAAGUGAUUUCUUGAGAUAUUUGAGGGACAAUCGGCACAUCUAAUACGUGAUUAUCUAGUCUCAGAUUAUUAAUGCAUUAGUUCAUUAUCAGAGUUCAAAUGGGACUUCCAGAUAAGCAAUAGACAGCAUACUUAUGUUUCUUGUGUCGUACUCUGCCCAUUGGUGCACUUUAGAAAAUGUUUUGUAUAUUGUAUUGUACUUUAUUGUAACUUUUUGAGCAAGUUCUAGUUUAUUUGCGUGUCUUGGAACGUAUAUUUUUUGUAGAAAUAAUAAGCCCCCAAAUAAGGAUAAUCAGAAAUCCAUGCAUAUAGUGAAAAGAUCUUGACGUCGUGUUUUAACAUUUUAAAAGAAUUUCGCCUUCAAAUCAUUUUGAUAUUUUAACUUAAAUAGCCCACGAACAAAGGAGAUAUGCCAGAGAACGUUUGAUAGGGACGUACAGUUAUAUCGGGUAUAUUUAAAUAUAUACAUGUGAGACCGCCGCCAUAUAGCUGGAAUAUUGCUGAGUGCGGCGUAAAACUAAACUCACUCACUCACUCAUAUACAUGUGAUAAUAUUAUAUCAUGUGAAUCAGUUUUGUGUAUCACGGAGAUAUAUCAAAUAUGAACACUAGAGUGAUAUAUAUGUACUGUGACACUGUGGAGUGCUGGAGCAUGUGCCAUGGAAGUGCCUUGUGCCGUACGUGUAAUUGUGGGUGGGCGUCGCGUGUGUGAUAUUCUGAGGUAAUGUUAGAGUGUUGAUGUUGCGAUUUGCUGACAAAUGUACGUUUGGGGUAAGGGGUGGGGGAGAGGAAUACAUCUCUAGAACCAUGUUUUCGUUGGGUUAGAGAGGCGGUGGGUAGCCUAGUGGUUAAAGUGUUCGCUCGUCACACCGUAGACCCGGUUGGAUUCCCCACAUGGGUACAAUAUGUGAAGCCCAUUUCUGGUGUCCACCGCCGUGAUAUUGCUGGAAUAUUGCAAAAAGCGGCGUAAAACCAUACUCACUCACUGGUUAGGUUAGACCGGGUGGUUACGAUACUUUGCGGUUUAUUGGGUGUCUUCGUACUGUGUGUUCAUGAUGUCUCCCACAGGUUUUCCGUCCUAGACACGAUUAUUUUACAACCUAAUUCAUGUUUGCUUACAGUGGCCAAUGAUACUGGCAUCGGUCGUACCAGCUGUUUAAAAACGACUGUUAUAAAUAGUUAUCGGACCGUUCAUUUAAAUGUCGACCCUGUCCGUAUUGAAGUGAGGAGAUUUGAGGUGGGUGUUUAACAGUUUGACAUGUUGUGGAAAUUCUCUCAAACAACGUGACAGUUCUCCCUAUUUGUGGUUCUUCAUUUCAGAGACACACCUUUAGAAUUCACCUGGAUGGUUUAGUUUACUUCAAACACCGUUGUUGCCUGCAUUCCCCCAGAUUAUCCUGCAAUGUCGCAAUUCAAUACUGUUAAAAGCGCAGUUCAGGUUUUCUCACUCACUCUUUAUAAGCAUUGUGUCAACUAUCUAUCCGUCGCCAAUCUUCUGCCAGGUUUUAAAUGUCAGUGCCUGAAAAUAACCAGUCUAGAUUUACUUCCGAAACAGAUUCCACUGGGCGUAAAAGGGAUUCACUAGAAUUCGCUGACACCGGUAAGGAUGUCCUGGACCCAAGGUUGCACCAGCCACUAGCUCGCAAAGAAACGUGAUUUAAUUUAUGUUUUGUUUGUUGUUUAAAUUUUAAAUUUAUACUAGGCACAAAAAAUAAGGGAACCCCCAAGUGGAAUUUAUAGUUGAAACAAUUCUACAUAAAAGUUGCAAGCUGACUGCAUUCGAAACCAGAUCGGAAAUCACUUACGGCUGACACGACAGUCAGCACCAUAUUACCUUUACAUGAUACAUGUGCAUCAUGCACCACACGUGCAUUCUAGCCUAUAAAGCUGACACUAUCUCUUGUGACAAUGCCACGUCGACAGUACCAGACAAACGCACAGAAAUGGCAGGCCAUUGGCAUGAUAGAGGGUGGACAUUCUCAGAAUAGUCUUGCCCGGUUCUUCAGGAAGUCCAAAAGCGUUAUUUCCCGUCUCAUCAACCUUUGCCGUCGAACAGGGGGCGUUAAAUUAAGGACCUGUCGAGGAUAACACCCUAAAACCGCCCCCAGACAAGACAACUUCCUGAGAACUAGAGCUCUGAGGAAUCGAUUUGUCACAGCUCCGGAUUUGAAGAUGGAAUCCUUCAGAGCCACAGGAACACGGAUUUCGAACUCUACUGUACGAAACAGGCUCCGUAGCAGAGGCCUUAUGCCAAAACGUCCAUUCAAAGGCGUGACGAUGACAGCUAACCACAGACAUCUUCGUAAUCAGUGGGCUCAGCAACGUCAGAGGUGGGGGAACCGUCACUGGCGACAUGUGAUGUUUAGUGAUGAAUCCCGCUUUCGUUUGCGAUUUACGGAUGGACGAUUGCGUGUGUGGCGACGCCAAGGAGCGCGUUAUGUGAGACCCACAGUACAGGAACACGAUUCUUAGGGGAGCAGCUCUAUCAUGGUCUGAGGAGGAAUUUCUUUCAAAAGGAGGACUGAUUUGAUUCUUGUACGGGGUAAUUUGACAGGCCAGCGGUAUAUGGACGAGAUCUUACGGCCACAUGUGGUUCCAAUGGCUCACAGGGCAGGUCGAAGUUUUGUGUUUCAGGACGAUAAUGCAAGUCUUCACAGAGCUUGUGUUGCGCUGAACAUCUUGCAACAACAAGGUGUUACAACUUUACCCUGGCCGGCUAAAACACCAGAUCUAUCCCCUAUCAAACAUCUGCGGGAUGUGUUAGGGUGUCAAGUGCUUCUCAGGGAGCCUGCACCAGCAAAUCUUGCUAGGUAGAGCACUGCAGCAAGAGUGGCACUUGAUUCCAAGGGCGACAAUUCAGCGGUUGGUGUCCAGCAUGCCUGCAAGGUGUCGUGCAUGUAUUGCUGCUCAUGGUGGACACACUCGUUAUUAAGUAUAUCUGACAUACUUACCGUACGGUUGUGCUGAUUAAAUUAUGCAUGCUUCACAAAAACAAGGGGUUCCUCUAUUUUUUGUGCCUAGUAUAUAUUCUGUCAGACUAAAGACGGUGAGCUACAGUACAUUAUUGCUGGUCAGAUAUUCCGUGCAGGGCAUUCUUAACGCUACGACUGUCGUAUCUCCUAUACAGUAACGUACGCUUCCGACAGUCGUAGCGCUGCGAUAGCUUUGUUAAACGGGACCCUGAUUUUUAGGCUUGGUUUUGAAUGGAAGCAGAAAGAGAAAAUGUUAGGUAUUUUAUUGCCUUUGCACAACAUAUAUAUAUUUUACCUCAUAUCAGUUUAUAUUUAUCAUAUCAAAGCUUGUGUGUUCAUCACACGUUCACCAUCAACAGCGCCAAAUUAUGUUUUAAUUAAUCAUGAAUUAAGCUUUUGUAGCCUGUAUUUCGAUUUACGUGUUUAAAUCGACUGGCGUUUUAAGAAUCUCUGCUGAAGUUUUACAUUUGUUAUUAACUAUUUAAAGUGCAAAGUGUUAUUGUGUUGUUGUAAACAUGUGAUGGUUGUUGAGAUAUUUAUUUAUUGCGGGUUACAUGUAUCCUGGUUUGUUAUGAAAUACUAAAAUAAAUAUUGGAAGUUAA